UAGAUGACUAAUAUACUAGUUGUCUGUUCCUGUUGGGUGUAGAUCUUUCAGCUGUAAGCUGUGUCUGAUUUGAGCAGGUUAAAAAGAAACACCAAGAUCUGCAAAAUUCACUGGCUUUUCACCUACUUCUGGAUAUUGGGUGAACAGUCCUCCCAGUGCAAGAGCCAUGCCAAAUAAAGAUCAGCUCAGGACAACGUUCACAUGGCACCCGUCUCUUGAAAUGCCUUUUUCCACUUCCUGUUCUGUGUAUGUGCAAAUAGUUUGAAGGAGUCUCAUUCCUUCCUGUUGAGUCUGCUGUAUGAUAAAUAACAAUUAGUAGCAAUCUCUAAGAAUUAGGGUCAACUAUUCCCCACUGGGGGGAAUAGUUAGAAUAGUUAAUCCCCCCCGCCCGGGGAAUAGUUAGAAUUAGUCAAGAGGAAGUGUCAAUGAAAACAACAAUACAGUCUUAAAUCUGACUUGAAGCAAUAGCGCAUGUUUACAGCACUAAGAGGACAAACUGUGUGAUAUUGGGAGGGGAGUUUUGGGAAUAUUCUCCUUCCAGAAAAAGUUAAUUGAUAACAGCAUAGGUAUAGUGCUAGGUACAAGAAACCAGGCACAGGCAGCAAGGCACUGUCAUUAUUCGUGCUUGCACAUCUCUCUACAGUUCUAACCACUGCUAGCUGAGAUGUUGCUUACGAAAUAGCGGUAUGUAUUGCUUCACCUGUGAAUGCACCAGACAAGAUUAACUGGGAGGGAAAGGAGAUAUUCCUUGCUUUUCCUUGUGUGGAAAAAUAAAUCUAGAAAGUUAUGGUGAGUAACACCCUCACUUCUCAGAGCUUAGUUCAUAAGAGGGCACUGUACAUUAGGUAAAUAACAUAUAUUGGGGCCACAUCUGCAUUAUAAAGAAAUGCUACUGCAAAUUACAUCUUGGUACCUGCAGAAUCAUAACUGCAGACUUUAUGGUCUGUAAACAUCAUAUUUAAACACAACUGAGCACGUUCUAACUUAUUUGCAUCUUCUCCUUAUAGAUAGUACCAAUACAUGUCACUGGUUUGAGACACAGUGUAGCAACAAGAGUACGUGCAGUUUACAGAGACAGUGCAACACUUACAAUGAAAACUGGACUGCUGGUUUUUGCCAGAUUCCCCAAUAACAAUUACUGUUUUUAACAAAUACACCUUUAACUUGCUCAGUUGCACUGAUACGAGCUAUUUUGUGCUCUAAACAUGAGUUAGUGCAUUAUAAAAAAUACUCAUUUUUAAGGCAUAGCUGGCUUUUUUAUUCUCAGAUAUAACCAUUAACUCUUGAUGAAAAGCUUUCACCUGCAGAGAUGUAUUCCAGAUGCUUAACUGAGUGACAGCAUGUGCAUAUGCAAAGGGAACCCUGGCAGUACUAAGAGUGACAUGGCACUGGCUUCACAUGACUUGUCUGGGAGGGGACGACCAGCUCUUGCUUGGAAACACACCCCUGUCGCCUUUGCCUAAGCCCUCAUAAAGUUUCCGCAGAGGUGGUGAAAGGUGAGGAGUUGAACUCUGGGCUCUGAAUAGACACAGAGAAACUCUCCUAGGCUACAGCCAGCAGGAGCUUUUUCUAGGAACUCUGGCUGCUUUCAGAUCCAUGCGGUGCUUGGCACAGUAGGAGAGCCACCAGACACGAAGUAUAAUCCUGUGUCUGUCCAUACAGCGUGGCUAAUAUGCAACUUUUGGGGUGACCAGUGUAGGCCUCCUUUCUGAAACGCUGCAGAAGCAGUAUUCCCAAGAGGCUUGCUAGAAUCAUAAAGAUGAAAAGAGACUCUGGCUAUUCCACUGUGGCUGAGCAGCGGAAGCAGGAGGAGAAGCUCCGGGAUACUGUGAAGAUUACUGCCUUUGUCCUGGUUAUGGGGCUGCUCGUAUUCGCUGCCUUAACAAACUCUGUUUCUCGGUACAUACAGAAGAUCUGGGAGACUUCAGGCUAUUUCUGGCAAGCAAAAUGGCUAAAGCUCUACUGCUUUUUUGAGGGAAGGGAGUGGUCAAUCUUCCUCUUUGGGGCUGCACUGGUUCCUAGCCUUGUUUUCUGGAGCUUCAAUGGAAUCCUUAUGGUGGCUGAUGUAACAGGAAAACCAGCUUUCAUUACUCGGUAUCGCAUUCAGCUGGGCAAGAAUGAUCCUGUGGACACAAAGAAAUUGCAACAAGUGAUACACACAGUGCUGUGUAAUCAGUUCUUUGUCUCCUUACCAAUGCUUAUGUCCAUGUUCUACAUCAUGAAAUGGUGGGGCAACACCUUUAGCAAGGAACUACCCACCUUCCACUGGUUCCUUGUGGAGCUGAGCAUCUUCACCUUAAUAGAGGAAAUUCUCUUCUAUUAUUCACACAGGCUUGCUCAUCUCCCACUCCUGUAUAAGCACAUUCACAAGAAGCACCACGAAUGGACAGCCCCCAUUGGUGUGGUCUCCAUUUAUGCUCACCCUGUAGAACACAUACUCUCCAAUACGUUACCUGUCAUGACUGGCCCGAUGAUCAUGGGGUCUCAUAUUGCUUCAAUCACAGUGUGGUUCUCCCUGGUUCUUCUAACAACAAGCAUUUCGCACUGUGGCUACCACCUGCCCCUCCUACCGUCGCCAGAAUUCCAUGACUUCCACCACCUCAAGUUCAACCAGUGCUAUGGAGUCCUGGGACUGCUGGAUUAUCUGCAUGGAACAGACACCCUGUUCAGACAAACAAAAGCCUACAAGAGACACAGAGUACUCCUCAGCCUCACACCGCUCUCAGAAAGCAUCCCUGAUUCUCCCAAGAGGGCAGAGUGCAACCCACCAGCUUGCAGUGCUUGCACAGCCCAGUGACCAGGAGAGCUAGAGACAAUGAUUUAUGCCAAAUAAUAUUUUAAUUGGGAAACAGGUUAUUGUUCUUAAGUAAUAAAACCCAAAGCUUAACUCAAA